GCUCAAAUUGAUGAUACUUUAGUCAAUCGUUUAGAACGACAGUCAAAGAACUGAACAGAAUGAAUGAGUGAAUGAAACAGAAAGUGUGUACUUACGAAGAAAACCUAGUACUUGAUUCUCUGCAUUCAUCUGACUUUUGCAGAACAGCGUCGUAAGAUUCUCAGCAUGUUUUUAUCGAACAAUUUCGUAGCAAGAAUCAAUGUCCUCGUAUUGUAGUGCUUAUAAUUUUGAAACUGCAAACACCCAGCGUUUCGUCGGUCUGGGACGACAUCAACACGUGAGUCGCCUGUAUUUUUCAUGACGUGGUCCCGCCUGUCGCUCGUCAAGAGAUGAGAAGCAAAUGAUAAUGAGAAAAUGUCGUUCUCGGGAAGUCGCUCCUCUUUGUGGCUGUCGUCAUCCCCUCCAUGUCCAAUCUCCCGUAGAAUUAUCCAAAACCGAAUUCAAAAAACACUUGAGACAGCUGUUGCAGCUAGCUUACUUGGAAAUAGAUUGCAAUUCUAGUCUGCAAGUAGAACCAUGUCGCAUGCGAUACAAGUUGUCGCGCGGCAUGAAGUCGCGAUUACUUCGCCCACGUUCGGACCCGGUGGUGACCUCUUUGCGAUAUCGAGAAAUGGAGAUAUCUAUCGUUAUGGCGAAAAAUUUGUUUUUGUCUUCACACACUACUCGAGCUGUAAGUAUGUUGAUAAGUCGUCGCAAAAAUGACUCUGCUGAAACAAAGGCUGCUUAGAUGACUCCUAGGCUUGCUUUCCCAUUCCCUCUUUCAUUCUGCCUACGUCGGCAACACGGAAAGCGACACCGAAUUUCAAGUCGAGAGUUGGGGCAACUCGAGUGGUCAGCCUUUAGGCCUCCUCUUCGACCUUUCCCAUCCUCAAGGAGUAGCUUUCGUGUGCGACUGUGCGCAUCAAGCCAUCUUCCGCAUCCUAAGAACAGGAGAUGAAGACGGCGGUCCAGCACGACAGGAGAUCGAACCCUAUGUCAAGGAGUACGAAGCAGCACCGUUGCUGGGACCGAACUCAUUGUGCAUGGGACAUCAAUCGGGAUUGCUGUACUUCACCGACAGUGGGCCAUUGGGUGAGACGUCAGUGCAGUUAUGCUUGAGACUGCUUGAUGAAUUUGGUGUAGCUCUACUUGAUGCAGUUGCAUCUAGUAGAUCUAGUGCGUUAAGUUCCAGUAAUUUGGCGGUACUAUCAAAGUCAAACGCAUAAUGAGGUUCUUGUUCGACAGCAUGGACUUCACGGACACCCCCCUUUCACUUUCAUGUUCAUCUCACUUCUAAUUUGUAACCCCAAAGGCAGUGUUUUCGCCAUCAACCCAGCAACGCAACUGCUUAUUCCGCUGGCCUACCAGUGCCUCGCAUAUCCAAGUGGGAUUGCGCUUACACAGGACGAAAAAGUGCUGUACGUAGCGGAAACGAACAUGAACAGAGUCCUGCGGUUCACCCAAAGCCCACCUGGAGUCUAUCACUGCACAGUCUUUCAUCAGUUGAGUGGAAGAUUUGGGCCGACAGGUACAACCUCUUUCUACUUCGGGAUCCAUACAUACUAAACGAGCUCAAGGAGUGGUUAAGUAUUCGUAUAUCUACAGUAUUAUUUGAGGAUCUUCAAGGCUUGUUCAUCAUGAUUGUAGUUCUGCCGCCAUGAUCAAUCAUUGUUGAAUCUUCACACUCCGCAGCCCUCGCCGUCUCUUCAACUGGGGACCUGUUCGUCGCACAUUUCGACUUCGCGGAUAACACAGAGAAUGGUAGGAUCAUCGUCAUCGAUCCAGAAGGUGAGGUUACCGCAAUAAUGAGCGUGCCAGGUCCAGAGAUUAGCGGUUUAUGCCUAACACCAGAUGAGAAAUUUUUGCUCAUUACUGAGGGUUCGGGUAAUUCGCUGUAUAGACAUCCGCUGCGAUAGGAGGAACUUGCUGUAGCUGAUAGGACAAACUAGUGCUACAGAUGAACAAAAAGUAGAACGAACAACGGAUGACAACGACAAGUUAGAUAGUAGGUCACAGAAAAGCUUGACUAUGUCGCAUAACGAACUUGCCCACAGAUGACGCACAGAAAACCAUUUUUACUUCACAGCACAUUCUUUUUCUUUUACUCCCAGAAAAAACAUCAAUGUGAUAACGAAAGACUCAAGAAAGCUUUUGUGAUUUCCUACAGUACUACAUCUAUAACCUGAUGGAUCAAGAAAGCACGUCGUGAUCUAGUAAGAAAAUUCCGAAAGGUUCCGUGAAAGUGAAUCCCCAUGAACUUUGAAACCAAAUAAUGCCUGGAUCAUAAAUACGCUACGAAUUCAAAUCCCUUUGCACCUCCGAAAUUAAAUGAAAAUAGGCCUGGCCAGAUGUCAACCCACGAUCUUCAACC